AUGACAUCGAUGAUCGUUGACGCUGAUCUUCAAACAGUCCGUGACUUUUAUGACUCAACCUGGGCGGACAUGCCCUUCACGAACAUCCUCAACCUCGAAGCACUACUAUUCCAGGCUGGCAUUGGCUCUAGAGACAUCUUAUCAUUCCUCGAUGGAAAUUCGCCCCUUUCUCAUUUAGAACGCUUCUUGACCACUGCGAAGGACGGUUUGUAUCUGAACGAGGAAGGAGGAACUUGCGAACCAUUCGCGGUCAUCACCGGGGAGAAGCUGGACAAAAACGAAUGGAGGAUGCAAUACGUACACACUGGUAGCCAUGGAGGGAUGGUUGUUUGGAGAGCUCAAUCGCCAACGAGGCGCUACUUGAUUGAUUCCUCGCUUCGUUCAGCGUUGGAGAUACCUCUCUUAGCUGGUUUCCUAUGGAGCCCUGGGCACCACCACGUAUAUUCAACCUACCUGGUCCGACCCCAAUCGGCCACUCACUCUUCACCCGUCCUGCACUUCUCAGAUUCGAGGAUAUAUUACACGGAGAAAGGCAGUAGAACCGCCAAAGAAUUCUCAAUCGUCACCAGACAUGCGCUUGUCGGAAAUCCGCAUCCUGUGUUGCUUGUCCGGGAUCGAGUCCGUAACACCAAUCGGUUUGCGGUCUUCAUUCGUUUCGAUAUGGUUACUCGGGCGGUCAAGUUUGCUGGAUCCGGGGUAAACGCUCUCUUUUCCCUAACUAGCGGAGAUGGACCUGACUGGGAAGAAUUCUCUGAUUUUUAA